GGCAGACAGGCAAAGCAGCCAGUUGCUACUACAGUCAUCAUGUGAUAACAAGAAAGGUAGUUGCUGGAUGGUGACAGUAAGCGGCUAAGCACAGCACCACGGCACAACUAAGCACAAAAGCUUCCUUUGCUGCUUCUAUUCGAGUUGACAAACUAACAUUAGACGUGUCUUGCUUUAUGAUUUAUCGCAAUCUGUUGUAUAUGUGCUUUUUAAUUGUCAUGCCGGUCUAGCGGCUUUAAUUAGUGCACCCCCGUCAACAAUAUAAAUAAAUAAAAAGGAAACAGGAAGAAGCUAUAUAUAGAUAUAUAUAGCUAUUUAUGAAUAUACACGCAUAUAUUCUUGAGAGAUAAUUAAAAGAAAGAAAAAGAAAGUGUUUUUUCGCUUCUUUUUUCUUUUCUUUUCUCACAAACACAUGUGUCUCUAAUAAAUAUCAACAGCUGUACAAACUGAUAUAGUUGAAGAAGCGACAAGGAAAAUAAUUAAUUUGCCAAGAUGUUUAAGAAAAAGUCAAGCAAAUCCGACCUGGAGAUGGAAUACCAGUGCACUAUAAGGUUCUUGGAUGAUUCCGAACCUAUCCAACUAAAUUUUAAGAAAGACUCAACAGGACAAUGGCUGCUCGACCAAGUGUGUCAACGCCUAAAUUUGAUCGAAAAGGAUUAUUUUGGUCUUCGAUAUGUAGACAUGGAAAGACAAAGACAUUGGUUGGAUCCUAUCAAAACAGUUUAUAAACAGUUAAAAGAACUUAUAGUUUCUGCAAAGAAAAAUGACAAAGUCAGCCAUGAUUCUUCAAGUGUCAAUCCAAUGGUGCUGUGCUUCCGUGUGAAGUUUUACCCAGAAGAUCCCAUGUCACUACAUGAAGAAAUAACAAGAUACUGCUUGUUCCUGCAACUCCGAAGAGAUCUACAUCAUGGCCGUUUACUGUGCCCCCCAAGUGAUGCUAACCUUUUGGCAGCCUACAUAAUACAGUCCGAACUGGGUGACUAUGAUGAACAAGACCACCCUCCAGGAUAUGUUUCACAAUUUAAGAUGUUACCCAAGCAAAAUCUCAGAAUGGAAGAACAGAUUGCUGAAAUACACAAAACUCUUCAAAAACAAGUACCUGCUGAAGCGGAGAAGAACUUUCUGAAAAAAGCAGCCUCACUGGACACCUAUGGCAUUGACCCUCAUCAUGUAAAGGAUCAGAAAGGCAAUCCACUCUUUCUUGGAAUCACACAUCAAGGUAUUAUGACAUUCCAUGGUAACAGGAGAACCCACCUGUUCACAUGGAGUCAAAUGAAAAGAAUAGUCUACGAAGGCAAGAUGUUUAUUGUACACGUCAACACUGCUGAGGAUAUAAAUAUUGAAGAAACUGAAUUAUCUGAUGAGGAAGUCCCAAAGAAGAUGACUGGCAGCAAAUAUUUGUGCACUGGCACAGACAUGAAGCAACAACCUAUUGGUUACAAGUGCCCAACAACCAGUGCCUGUAAGUACUUGUGGCGAUGUGCUGUUGAACAACAGUUUUUCUUCACACUGUCCAGUUCAACAAAUGCUCCUAAAGUUCGGUCAGGAGGCAGUCUCUUAACUAGAGGUUCACGGUUUCGUUUCAGCGGGCGAUGUCAAACGGAGGCUAUUGCUGCCAGUGGUGGGAUAAGUCGUCCGGAACCUGCUUUUACUCGUUCCUCAUCUCUACCAAACUUUAACCACAAGAGAGAUUCUAAAGUACCUCUACGUAAUAUGUCAAUGACCCGAGACGCUGCUAUUAAAGAAGCAAAAGCAAGAUAUCAUGAACUGCCAGUGGAUGUUCCUGGGAAAGUAGAACAAGAGGAACACAUCAGCCCCGAUAAAAUGAAUACAUCCAAAAGUGCACCAAUUGCUUCAAGUGAAAGCUCUUCUGAAGAGAAGACACUGACACAAGACGUCGAUGCAUUAACAGGAGAAGCAUCUCCGGUUUCAGUACAAGAAGCUCUACAAGUUCCUGGCGACCUUCAAAAGAGCAGUACUCCUGGAUCCGAAUCAUCUGAUGUUGUUCUAGCUGAAUCUCUCAAUAUGGAACCGGUACCCGCGAUGAAAAUGUCUCUGGAUGAACAGAUCAAAGAACUGGAGCAACAUUGGGUACAGACACAGAACAGCCACUUUUCGCCACUAUCGCAGGUCGAGGCAUCAGCUGUGUCAAACGAGAAGACGGCAGCAACAACGCCAACGUCAAGCGCAAAUGCAAAAGCUCCUUCACUGCUAGAUCGUUUAUAUAAGUGCAAACCCAACAUGAUGUACGUAUCUGCUGUGAUUGCCUUGAUUAUUGCACUGGUGUUGAUUGUGGUGCUUGCUUCAAGCAUUCAACAUCCUAUUAUGGCUCUGAUUAGGCGGCAAUUCAACCUUGAGCCAAUGAGUGACUACAUUAACGACAAGGAAUGACAUUGAGUGUCAUUGAAUGCUAAAUUUACCAUCUAGCUGUUGGCAUCAACUCAAACCAACUUUGACACACGUGUUUGGCUCAUUUAGAAACAUUUCUCAGAGAAAAGAGUUUAAAAUGGUCAGAUUACUUUUUUAUAGUCAAAAAUAGUUUCCCUUUUAUAACAGUUUUUUUUUAACCUCCUUUUGUUACUCCCUUUGUUUGUUUUUUACACUCCUCUUUGAUAUUUCAUUUUUCCUAACAAAGUGAAAGAAUGAAAUUUCAUUGAUCUACGUUACUAAAGAGUUCAGUUUUUAUUCCCUCUAACACUACCAUUUCCUCGCUGUCAUAUGUCCAGCUGCUAGUUCGGUUAUUCCUUGUGCAAUAAACUGCAUUCGCUUCACGUUUAUUUCAUUAGAAUCCUCUGUCAUUUUGAUGUUUGCUGUUUUUUGUUCCCCCUCCUCUUCCUUCAUUGUUAAUCCUUUUCUAAUGGUCUGUGUGCUUUUGGUUACCAUCUUGCUGCCAUUUUGAUUAGCAAUUUUCAUUUUCAAUUAACACUUUUGUUGGCUUUCAUAUAUUGGCAGACAGACAUAAGGUUCAUUCAUGUGUGAUUAGUUUAGUUUAUUUUAUUCAGCUGCAUGAUAUAUAUAUAUAUAUAUAUAUAUAUAUAUAUAUAUGAUUGAUUUUAUUUUGUAUUCCUUCCUAUAGAAUUAUUUCAGCAUUUUAAAUAACAAUUGUUCUUUUUUUUCUGUUUUGCUCUCAAUAUUUUUUUUUAUGCACUUUUUAAUUCUCAGUCAAGAAUUUCGCUGCCCAACUGAUGGUGAAGUACCUGAAGCUCUCAUCUAUUUCCGAAAGCACUCUAGUGGCUUGAUGAAAUGGUGGAGAAUACAAUGCUGUCAAAGGCAUUUUAUCAUGUUAAAUAUUUAGAAUUUACUGCACACUUCCUACCUGACUAGCUCCAAAGAUAGGGGUCGGAGUGUGUAAUAAGUCAAACAGACGCCGUUGUUUACAUGUAUGUAUGGCCUCAUACUUCUAUGUGAAUAGACAGGACAACUCUGGAGAAUACUACAAAGUUAGUGUUGAUAGAAUCACCAGUGAAGUUUCUAAGUUGAUUUUAUCAGGAACUAGCGUUCUUAAGUGACAACUUGACUGGAUUUUGCUUUUUUGGAGAUUAUUGGAUCAUUUGUGCAUUAUCUAUCUAUAUAUAUAUUUUAUUAUUAUUAUUAUUAUUAUUAUUAUUAUUAUUAUUAUUACAUAUAAUUAUAAUGCAGUUAUGCAGAAUUUACUGAAACUAGCACAGAAUUAACGUCCAGAAAUCUGGAUUCCUGACAUAUUAUUAAUUUAUUUUUCAAAAAUUUACUUAGCUCAAAUAAUGCAUGAUAAUUACUCUUUUAUUUUCCUUUUUUUUUUUAAAUAUAAAUUUUUAUAGCUUCAUUCUGUUAAUAUUAUUUAUCAAUUGAAUAAUAAGUUAUACCUUUCCUUAGUUCAUUUUUACUGUCCAAAUUAUUCAUAAGGUAUCAUUUUUUUUAUAUAUAUAUAUUCUCUUUUUGGCCUUUCAUUUGACCCCUGCUUCAGAUUUUUUUUUUCAUUUUGUUAGGAAAUAUAGACACUUUGGCCAUUUUUGAUCAUUCCGUGAUUUUUCUUUUUAUGAAAAAUCUUAGAGAGAUUUUUGUUUUACCAUUUUAUUUUUCACUGAAGCAAUGUUUCAACACAUAUAAUAUAUAUAUAUCUAAUAUAUAUAUAUAUAUACCUAAUAUAUAUAUAUCUAAUAUAUAUAUUUAAUUAUAUAUAUAAUUUCAUUCUUGUCUUUUAGUGACGAGUUUCAUUUUUUUUUUAUCUAAUAGAUUUUAUGCAUUAUUUUCAACAGUUUGUUCAUUAAUUACUCUGAAAAAAUCACUUUCCAAAUGGUUACUUAUCGAAUCUACUAAACAGAAUCUAACCUUCAACUGUGAAUGCAUUGUUAAUUUCUUUGGAUUAAAACAUAAAAUUAUACAUAUAAAUAAUAUAAUUUUUUAAUUAAUUAAUUACUUCUUAGUAUUUUUAACUAAUUAUUUCUCCAAUCAACAUACUUUUUUUUUGUGUUUUUUUUUUGUUUAUUUUCUUCUUCAUUUUUAGGGUCUUCAUUUCAGUCAUUUUUUUCCUUCAUCUCACCAUCUCUUCUAUUAAUUCUUCUCUCCUAAAAUUGCCUCAUACAGAAAAUUCUAAACAGAAAUAAAUUUUACAUUGUUACUUAAUUGUGGCAAUAAAUAGAAGAAUUUGUUCAUUUAUUUUUCUAUAUAUAACAUUAACAUCAACAUGACACAUUUGUCCAUUAUUGAGAGAGGCUUAUCUUAGCUCCUUGUCUUGUAGUGAGCUACAGCCAUUUUAUUCUAGUACCAAUUAUAGAACUAUAUCUUAUAAAUAAAGUAACAAGUGUUGUUA